AUGUCUGUCACCAAGUCACAGAUCCUGGAGCAAGUCCGCCAGAUCCAGACCAUAGCCCAGUCCAUGGUCGAGACAUGGGACGACAGUAAAACCACAGAGUCAAGCGCAGAAUGGAGCACAUCUGUCGUCCAACUCCAACAGGCUGCAGAGGAGUUGAUAUCUUUGACAGCCUCCCCACGAUCGGUUGUGCGCGCCCUCCAGCUCGCCCACUAUGAUCUGGUCGCAUAUCAAGUGGCAUUGGAAUUCGAUCUGUUCACAGCCAUUCCAGCAGAUGGAGAACUAUCCCUGGCAGAGGUGGCAGAAAAAGCAGGAAUCGACGAAGACAGAGUAGCCCGGGUGCUGCGUCUCCUGGCUCUUCACGGGAUGUUCCAAGAAACGCAGGAAGAUACCAUCGCCCAUACGCCGCUUUCCCGGUUCAUCGCGGAGAAUGAGUCUAUAAGAGCGGCGCUGGGAAUACAAAUGGAUGAAAUGUAUCAGGCCGCUUCCAGCACCGCCGAUGCCAUCCGCAAAAACCCACGUACUCAGGAAGUGAAUACCUCUCCCUUCGCCACUAGAUUCGGAAUAUCAAUCUACGAUUUCUACACAAAGUAUAAGAGCAAGGCCGACCGGUUCGGCCGGGGCAUGAUGGGCGCAUCUUCGUUGGAAGACGAAGGCCUGGUCAGUCUCCGUGACUGCUACAAUUGGGCCGCCUUUGCCGGUGGAAAGAUUGUCGACGUUGGGGGUGGAAUGGGCCAUGUCUCUAUAUUCCUGGCGAACGAUAUCCUCGUGCCUCCGGGAAUAGACACAGAGGACAACAAGCUCGCGGGUAAUGUGGAAUUUCAACAACAUGACUUUUUCCAGCCUCAGCCCGUCACAGAUGCCCGAGCGUAUCUGCUCAAACACGCACUGCAUAACCACAGCGACGAAGACUGCGUCAAGGUCCUGGCGGCGUUGGUUCCGGCUCUGGAGGCGGCGGGACCAAAGGCUGCUUUGCUCAUCAAUGAAGGUGUUCUACCGGACUACGGGCAGGCAAUGUCUCGCGACCAGCAUUUGACCCUGAGACGGGGGGAUAUGUGUAUGAUGGUGACGCUUUCUGCAAAGGAGAGAACGAGGAAGCAGUUCCAGAAUCUUCUUCGAGCAGCUGAUCCUCGAUUCAAGAUACACAAUGUCUAUGGCAAUGCGGUUACAAGAUUGAUCGAGGUGUAUUUGAGCGGAAGCGAAUAG